AUGGUUAACCUUUAUGGCCGGUUUCUCCCGAAGUGUGCCGAUACCAUCCUACAUCUGACCAGUCUCCUCUCAGGUUCUAAGUGCACCUUCGAACGUACACCAGCAGCUCUCACGUCAUUUGAACACGUAAAAGCGCUUCUGACUGAUGUCACCCUCCUGACUCACUUUCAUGCUGAUUCACCCAUAUCUCUGAUGGUCGAUGCCUACAAUGUUGCUGUUGGCGCGGUUCUGCCAGAUUCUAUCGUCCUUUGGCUUUCUUCUCCAGGAAACUAUCCAAGGCCGAAACGCGCUGCAGCACAUUUGGACGUGAACUUCUCGCCGCUUAUCUUGCCGUAAGGCACUUCCGGCAUUUACUUGAAGAUCGAGAGUUCCCAAUUUUCACAGAUCAUAAGCCACUCACAUUUGCAAUAUAUUCCCAUUCUGACAAGCUAAGCCCCCGGGAGAUCCGCCACCUGGACAACAUUUUGCAGGUCACUUCAGACAUCCGCCACAUUGACGGGUCACGGAAUGAGGUGGCCAACGCACUCUCCAGGCCCUCUAUCGCUCACCUUCAGCUAUCACCCGGGAUUGACCUCAUUCAGAUGGCCGCUGAAUGACGCCGUAUCGGUUCACCUUGUGAUGAGGAUGUUUCUGGACUCCAACUUCAGGAACUACCACUGACAACUGACAACGGCACCAUUUUAUGUGACGUAUUAACCCCUUCCCAUCGUCCAUAUUUGCCACCAUCCCUCCGCCGUAAAGCUUUCUUCUCCCUGCACAAUCUCUCUCACCCUGGGAGUCGAGCAACCGACAAGCUGGUUUCUGACCGCUUCGUCUGGCCUGGGAUGCACAAAGACCUGAAAGCAUGGACACGGGCUUCUAUCGCCUGUUAACGAAGUAAGAUCCAGCGGCACAGCAAGGCCCCCAUUGGCACCUUCCCCGACCCUGGUGCAAGGUUCAGCCACGUUCACCUGGACAUUGUAGACCGUCUGCCCCUGUCCAAUAGUUGUUCCUAUCUCCUCACCUGUGUGGAUCGGUUCACUCGGUGGCCUGAAAUUGCUGCUCCAACGGUGGUCAAGGCUUUUCUCAGUCGUUGAGCUGCUAUUUUUUGCGAAAUCUCAACAAUCACGACUGACCGUUAUGCCCAGUUUGAGUCUAACCUUUUCCAGUCUUUCCUCUCCUUUUUAAGCUGUGCCCGCAUCCGGACGACAGCCUAUCACCCGGCUGCUAACGGGAUGGUCGGGCGGUUUCACCGCCGGCUGAAGGCCCCCCUACGCGCCGCGGCCGAUCCGGAGAACUGGACGGACCACCUUCCCCUGGUCUUGUUGGCCAUUCGCUCCGCUCUCAAGCCGGACCUUGACUGUUCCGCAACUGGACCGGUGUUUGGGAAGAAAUGACUGCACAAAGCCUACGUCGACCGCCCUACCGACGACAACAAAACAGCCUUCUUCCCUAGUCAGUGCUUUUUGAGACAGUGGCUGUGGGAGACGUAGAAUGCCUGGACGGCUUCCAAGGUCGAGGAGAUUCAAGGGUACGCAGACCGCAACUAAUGGAAGAACUUCUUCGCCGCAAUCAAGGCUAUUCACGGUCACGCAACCGAAAGCGCUGCUCUUCUUCUCAGCGCCGACAAAACUACUCUUUGCAAUGAGAAGGGGCAAAUUCUGCAGCGAUCGGCCGGACUCUUCAGAGGCGUCCUCAACCGUCCCUCCACCAUAACGGACGCCGCCAUCGCCCGUCUGCCUCAGGUGGAGAUCAACGCCAACCUCGACCUCCCGCCCUCCGUACUCGAAACCAUCAGAGUCGUGCAGCAGCAGCUCUCCAGCGAGAUAGCGCCCGGAUCAGACGCAAUCCCUCCAGCGAUCCACAAUCCUCCAACUCAUGGAUCCUCCGAUGGCGCUCUUUUAGGAGAUGUGGCGUCAGGGAUAAGUCCCGCAGUAUUCCAAGAAUACUACAGUCGUGCACUUUCAUAA